AAUCGAUAGCUAAUCCACCACCCAUAUCAUUGAGAGCAAUUAGAAAGUUGCCAAGUGAAACGCACUAGCAACAUCUUAGAAACAAUGGCUGCCAAGAUAUUUGCCCUCCUUGCACUCCUUGCUCUCACGGUGAGUGCUACAAGUGCGUUCAUCAUUCCGCAGUGCUCACCAGUUACUGCUGUUGGGUAUGAACACCCAGUUGUGCAGGCCUAUCGGCUACAACAAGUGCUCGCGGCGAGCAUCUUACAACAAUCAAUUGCCCAAUUGCAACAGCAAUCCUCGGCUCACCUACUAGUACAGACCAUUGUAGCGCAACUACAACAACAACAGUUCCUACCAGCGCUCAGUCAACUAGCUAUUCCAAACCCUGCCACCUACUUGCAGCUGCAACAGCUACUUCCUACAAACCCACUGGCUGCGGUGAAUGCCAUUGCAUACCUACAACAACAACAACAGUUACAACAGUCCGUGGUGAACCCUAUCGCCUACUUUCAACAGCAACAGCUACUUCCAUUCAACCAACUAGCUGUGUCGAACGCCGCUGCAUACCUACAACAGCCACAGUCACUUCCAUUUGCUCAGUCGGCUGUUGCAACCGCUGCCACCUACCACCAGCAACAACAGCUGCUACAGGUUAACCCAUUGGCACUGGCUAACCCAUUGGCGGCCACCUUCCUACAGCAACAACAAUUGCUGCCAUUCAACCAGAUGUCUUUCAUGAACCCUUCCUUGUUGUGGCAGCAACCCAUCAUUGGAGGUGCCAUCUUCUAGAAUACAGAAGAGUUGUACUUGAUAAUAAUGUUCUUGUAUCAGUGUGUGCAACUUCCCAAAAAUAAUCAAUACAUUGAUUGAGGUUUAUCUGA